AUGUUUGCACGACGCGGCAAUCGUCUUCAAGGCCUGUCGAAAUUGUAUUCCGACGCCAAACAGUCAUACGAGAACACCAGAGUCAGUCCGGCCGUUGCGUCUAUCACCGAGUCACCAGAACUCAAGGAACUGAGGCGCGGCUUCCAGAUUCAACAGGAUCGAUUAUUGGCCUGGGGCUUACAUUGGGCCGACAACGGUCCGCCAGACUCUAAACACGCCGAUGUCGACAUCGACAAGAAAAUCAACGAAGCUGGACUGGGCGAUGUCGUCAGUAGUGUAAUUACCGAGAUCCAGGGCAUCACCGACGAAAUUAGGCGGAUGGGGGAUCCCAUGAAAAGAUCCGAGAAGAACUUGGCCGCUCUCAGAGACCCUGAAUGGACCGUCCACGAAAUCCGGACUCGCAAGGACUUACUAAACAGACUAACAGAAUGCUUGGAUUUGUUAUACAGCCUCGAAGAGACGAGAGCCGCAGACGAGAAGAGCGAUGUAAAAAGACAAAAGCACGCUCAUGACUCCUCUGAAGCGAGGUCGAAUUCGGAUAUCUACGAUCACCCUCUUCACAUCGACUUUGGGAGCCUGGAAUUCAACGAGUAUGCGGCACAAGCGGCAGACCCUCCACCAUAUGAUCCCUCGAGUGGUGCCGCUUCGAUCAAGGAGAGAUCCACCGCAUAUUAUCGAACUGCUUCUCAGCCUGUCCUGGUCGACUACUUGCCCGCAGACACACCCUUGUACAUUAUCGGAAGUGCUGACGAUGUGUUCGAGGUGCAGGAGCUGGGCGAAGAGCUGUGCAACAACAUCUCGUUGUCGUGGUGCGGCCAUCUGAGACUAUUGGGAUUUACAAUCAACCCUGCUGGACCACGUUGCGCCAUGGUCUAUGCCCUGCCAGAAGGCCACGACCACCAGACCUUGCAACACCAUCGAACACUGAGCUCGCUCAUCACCGCCACUGCAAGCGAUCUGAGCCACGAUGCCGCUCAGCCGCCGUUAGAAGAUCGAUUUCGACUGGCGUAUAACUUGGCCUUGUCCAUCAUGGGCUACUUUGCACGAGGAGAGACUCACCAGCAUAUCAAUGGCAGCAACUUCCUCGUCCUGGGCUCCAGUGAACAUAACCCUCGGUCAAAAUUAUCCACAGAAAUGAGAUCGCCAUACCUGCUCCAGUCUUGUCAGGACUUUUUGUCGCGGUCUGAAGCGCCAGAGCCAUUCGCAACACAUAUUUAUAGACACCCCGAGCAUGACUCUCGUCUUUCGGAGGUGGUCCCCGCCUACGACAUCUACAGCCUUGGACUACUCUUACUCGAAAUCGGUCUCUGGAUGCCACUUUCUCGAUUUUGGAAACCGAAAUACAACCGUGCCUUGUUCAUGGACAGAAUGCAAAGGGUUUACUCGCCGAAGCUCGCUUCCAAGUGUGGAAGUAGGUAUAUGCGCGUAGCGAAGCGGUGUUUGGAGGCGCCGACCGAAUUGCAGUAUCGGAACAACUACGAGGAUGCGGGAUCGUUUAUGUUACAAGUGCUAAAAGACCUCCAACAAUGCUGUGCUUUGGAUGAGGAUGCACCUCCGCCCUCUGACAUUGAAACCUUUGAGCUCUUGUUGAUCGAGCAGAUGUAUAAGGCUGAAACAAAGGCUGACGAGCAGAAAUCCAAGGCCAAGAUGGUGGACGACGAAUACAGACCACCUCUCCCGAGAAGAGCACUUUCAAAACGAAAAAUAGACGCUAUUCAGCAGCCCGUCCCGGUUGAAACACCUUUGCGAAAAUGGCCCCAAGUCGAUAUUCCUCAGGAAGAUCUUGACACAUGGAACACGACUCUAAUGCCGAAGCUGGGUAGAAUGCUCCAAAAUGCACUAAAGGAUUGCUCGGAGUCUUGUAGUCUGAGUCUUAUGAUGUUUGGAUCGGCACCCGAAAAGGCUAGGACCACAAUCUGCGUGCAGUGUCCACAAGUCGCCAAAGUUCGUGAUGUUCUUCGACAAGGCUUGAAACUGAAGAAGGGCUGGGGUCUUGUCCUCCUGAACGGCGAGGUACGAAGAAGCGGCAAGGGAAGAACCACCAAGUGCUCCCACAGAUCACGACGACAAAGCUCAAGACCCGGGACAAGAAGACGCCGGGAGCAAAAGUUUGAGCAAUGCCCAACGAAUGGCGCGAGUAUUGGCGCAUACAAGGACGAUGAACAUCUCCCGCCCGUCUCUUUCGGUGGCACCAUUCUCGUGGAUGGCGAACCAUAUGGAAUGACGGUGCAUCACAUGCUAGAUCCUCCCAGCGAUGACGAAGAAGAGGAAGAUGCACGGGGCACACUCGAACACCCCAGAAGGUCCGCUGGUGAUCGCCAAAUUCCCAGCCAGUUCCCAUCAACCGACGACCUGCGUUACAUGCACUCUGGGGACGACCUUUCACGCUUCUCCGAUCUGGAAAUCUCUGACGAGGAUUUUGAUGACAGUGACGAUGAAAGUCAGGCAAGCACCAUUCGACCAGACUAUUCGAUUAUGGACGCCGACGGCAAUGAAUUCUGGUUCUUGGAAGAUUCGACCCCUGAACUUGAUGAAGACGAUGGUUCUGACAGAGAUGAUGCCUCGUCUUCGUCCAGCGAUGAUAUAGAUGACGCCGCCAGCAUCGGUGACAAGAUUGGUAUUGCACCUUACGGUGACGACGAAUUCUGCGUGACACAGCCUGCCAUGGAUGAUGUCGACGAGGACUUUUUUCCUAGUGAGGAAGACCGCGACGACGACCACCUAGCGAGCCACACAUUCGGCUAUGUCUUUGCGAGCAGUGGUAUACGCCGAGUUGUCCGAGGCGAGAUGAAACACGAAGUGGAUUGGGCGCUGAUCAGAAUUCAAGAGGAUAGGCUCAAGGCCGAAAAUGCAAUGCUCGAAAAGACCACCGUCACCGCAUUGUCGGCAAAAGGUCGAAAACAGAUUUCUCGAGGGCAGCCGCAGCCGCAGCCGCAGCAUCCCGUCUUGACCAAGAUCACACCCCUUUCAAAACUGUCUGGAUUGCAAGUCCAUUGUCGUGGGCGGAGCAGUGGGCUCAAAAAGGGCAGGAUAUCCCAAGCCAUGGCUUUGGUCAAGAUGCACGGUCGCGAGAGCUUCAGUAUAUCAUGGUGCGUCGAGGGCGGCUUUGGUGUCCCGGGAGACAGCGGCGCCUGGGUUUACGAUCCUGUUUCGGGCGCGUUGUGUGGCCACGUAUUAGCGUGGGGCGAUCGAAGUCGCACGGCGUACAUUGCGCCGAUGGAGGUGUUGUUUGAUGACAUCAAAGGGCGAUUAGGUGCACAGUGCGUUGAAUUGCCGGUUCCCGAGGGUCAAGAGGUUGAGAAGGACAUUGCUUCAUCAAGCCACCUUGCUGCCGCUGCAAAGGGCGUCACUGUCUGCGUUGAGAGUGGUGGUACCACCACCACCACCACGGGAGCAGGUGGAGGAGAAGAUGUCGUGGAGAAACUGAGACGGUUGAAGAUUGAGUCGUCAAAGGAACCAACUACGUCGCUUAGGACACUUGUCGUUGCACCGCCUGUGUCGUGA